AUGACGUCAGCAGAAGCGGUACUAACGCAACCGACGCAGAUGUGUGAAACACAUGUAACAUCACCGGCUCUUUGAGGGCACCGGGGCUUCACUUUUCACCGUCACACUGCGACUGGUAGUAAGUCAGACGGUCAUCUUUCGGGCUCUUCACGACCAGCACCUGUGGAUUUGGCCGUUUCAGGAACAGAGUGCCUCUAAUGACGCUAACAGUGAUUAGCUGAGCUAGCAUAGUGGUGAACUUUUAUCCGAGAGCCACUUCCUCCUUGUGUUGUUCGAGGUCAUUCUGUAGCGUCUGUCAAAGGAUCGCCAGUUGUUUCCUGGACACUAGCCAUGAAGAGCCUUCCGUAUUUCUGCCGGGGAGAGGUCAUUAGAGGUUUCGGGAGAGGAAGCAAAGAACUCGGAAUACCCACAGCCAAUUUCCCCGACUCAGUGGUGGACCAUCUUCCAGCAGAUAUCAGCACUGGGAUCUACUACGGCUGGGCCUGUGUCAGUAAUGGGGAUGUCUACAAAAUGGUGAUGAGCAUUGGCUGGAACCCAUACUACAAAAAUACCAAGAAAUCCAUGGAGACUCAUGUAAUUCACACAUUCAAAGAGGACUUCUACGGGGAGAUUCUCAGCGUUGUAAUGGUUGGCUACAUCCGUCCAGAGAGGAGCUACGACUCACUUGAAGCCCUCAUCACGGCCAUUAACAACGACAUCGAGGAGGCCAAGGCCAAACUGGAUCUUCCGGAGCAUCUCAAACUGAGAGACGAUAACUUCUUCACCAGCGCCGGCAGCUCGCCUUCAGCCCCGCCCCCCAACACCGCAUCCACAUCACAGACUAUUAUGAAUGGUCACUGACAGCUGGCUGUGACUGCGCCACUUUGUCACACACACACACA